UUGCCCAUGACACCGGAGCGAAGUUCUGACAGAUGACUCUCCAAUCAGUUUUUAUCCGCUCCGAAGCCCCCGAAAUAAUCACUUUUUAACGUUAUUUACAGUCGGACACGCCUCCCUUAACCCCCGGCUGGGGUUCGCAGACAGCGCCUUGAACAAAGGAGGGCGGCUGAUUAUGGUGUAGCACGGAGCGCGAGCUCUGAGAAAGCAGGCCUUUUUGGAGCAGCGGGGGUGGGGGGGUGCGGCGGCGAACCACAGCAGAGCAGCCAUGCUUACGUUGGCCAGUAAGCUGAAGAGAGACGAUAGGGGAAAGACGGUCCGCGCUUCCGGAGCCUCCGACUCCACCCACAGGAUCUCCAUCAGGGACCGCCUCCUUACCAAAGAAGUUGCAGAACUUGAAGCCAAUCUCCCUAGUACAUGCAAAGCCAGUUUCCCAGAUGAGAACAAGCUGCAUCAUUUUCAGCUGGCAGUGUCUCCCGAUGAGGGUUACUACCACAGCGGAAGGUUUCAGUUUGAAAUAGACGUCCCCGAAGCCUAUAACAUGGUGCCUCCUAAAGUGAGAUGUCUGACCAGAAUAUGGCAUCCUAACAUCACAGAGUCGGGAGAGAUCUGCUUGAGCUUAUUGCGGGAACACUCGAUUGAUGGCACAGGCUGGGCCCCGACUAGAACGUUAAAGGAUGUUAUCUGGGGCUUGAACUCGUUGUUUACUGACCUGUUGAACUUCGAUGACCCUUUGAACAUCGAUGCAGCGGAACAUCACCUGAGAGACAAGGAGGACUUUCGGAAAAAGGUUCAAGAUUACGUCAAACGCUACGCCAGAUGAUAGAAGCCACCAAACCAAACUGCUCUACCUUGCCUCUGCUAAUCUUGGCCAACUGCCCCCCCCCCCACACACACGUGUGAAUCAACAGCUGACUCUUUGACUCUCCCUUGCUGCCCUGCUGUUCACAAGCUUGCAAUAAACUCUACAUUGCGAGAAUGAAUUAAUAAUAAUAGUCGUUUGAAAAAGAAAAGAAAAUUCAGACGCUAUGCGUUUUAAGUAAAGACUUGCAGACGAAAGAAGACGACGCUGCCACGAUCCCGAUAGAUUGAGCGUUACGAAGACCGCGAAGACCACGAUGUCCGUUCAUUGUGACCGCUGAAUGACGCCGCCUCCCCCGAGUCCCGGAGUCAAAAGGCGAGGCACGGAAAACGACCGUCGAGGGAUGUGGCGAUCCGCCAGUGCGCGAUAAAAAAAAAAAUGUAUUUAAAAAACAAACGGGGAAAGGAAGUUGAGUCCAGGAGAAAAAAAGAAGACAAAUCAAGAGAAAGAAUAGAUGUGGCUGUCACGUCUCUGUUCCAGUGCCUGCUGUGUUUGUGUCACUCCAGAGAAGAAGCAUGUCCACAGACACACACACGUAUUCACAGGCCUCCAGCUCCACGAGACGGCAUGGGAAUGACCACAAUGUCCGUCCUGUCAUCCUCUUUGCAUGUCGUCACACACACACACACACACACACACACACCACUCCACUCGCAUUAACACACUUUUUGUUUAGCGUUUUCAGCUCCCGCGGGAUAAAGCGAGACUAACACCGCAGACAAAUGUGUUGCCCUGUGUUCAGCGUCGCCUCGUCGUUGCCCGUUUGUUGUCCUCACACACACACACACACACUCUCACACACACACACACACUCACACACACAUACACACACACUCACACACACACAC